UCCCACGGCACCUAAGCUACCAAUGAACUUUUGUCCGAAAAAGGGAAAAAAAAUUAGUUAGUUCAAUUGAAUUUGAUUCAAUUCCGAAGAAGCCAGAUCGGUCGAAUUCCGCAAGGGAACGACACCGUAUCCUGGUCAAGAAAAAUGAAAGAAGAGAGGAGGGAAAAAGUUGCCUCCCAGUUCCGACUCCAAAGGCUGAGGCAGCAACUUGCUUGCAGCCGCACACACCUCACCCCCACCUCCUCCUUUUCCCUAUUAUCUUCUUUCUCCACGGUCACCCACCGCUCUUCCUCUAACAUACGCCGGGUGUGCAUAUUACUUUCUGCACCAUCCUUUUUCUAACCUCAUAGAACCCAGAACUCCAAAGCUACCAAGUGACCAACUUUGGCGGGAAAAAGAAACUCCUUUUAACUUUCUUACUUGAAUUAGAAAGGAAAAAAGUCUUAAUCUUUUCAACGAAAAAAUCAGAAGUUUCAAUCUUUUUGAUGCAAUCCACACUAUACUCAUCAUCCAGUUAUACCCAAUUCCAUUAUCAAUGGAAGGUUCAAAACUCUCACUUUCCUUCUCACAGAAAACCAGUUUCUAAGCAACUUCGUUUCUCCAUACCCAAAGCCCUAACUCUCACCAAUUCACUCAGAACUUCCAUCAAUUAUGAACCAGAAGAAGGUCUGGAUAAUGGACCGGGACCCGGACCCAUGUUCCCCGUGCGGCUCCCUGUGGUGGUUAGGAAUUCGGGUCGGGUCUCUAGGUACAUGUGGGAUGGGAGUAGUGUAAAAUUGGUUAGUGUUGAUGGUGGUGCGGCGUCUUGUGUUGAUUUUGAAGAUGGGUACAGGAAACUGUUUAGGGCUUUGAGUUUAGGUGUUAGGGACUUUUUUAUUCCUAAACAAGUUACUGAGAAUUAUAUGGAUUAUGUUAAAUGGAAGUUAUUGCACCGUGUUUUUAGCUCUGCUUUACAGGUUCUUGCUACUCAGGCCAUGUUUCGGGCUGUAGGCAUUGGGUAUUCUCGUUCACUUCCAUCAGCAGCUGCUCUUAACUGGGUCUUGAAGGAUGGACUUGGACGUUUGAGUAGGUGCAUCUACACUGCUAGCUUGGCAUCUGCUUUUGAUACCAAUUUGAAGAGAGUUAGGUUCUCAACAUCUAUUCUCUUCAGUUUGGGCAUUGGAUUGGAGCUGCUGACUCCUGCAUUUCCUAAACAAUUCUUGCUUCUCGCAACUAUUGCCAACAUUGCAAAACAAAUAAGCCUCGCAUGCCACUUAGCGACUGGUUCUGCUAUUCAUCGAAGCUUUGCAGUAGCAGAUAACCUUGGUGAAGUUUCAGCAAAGGCACAGAUACAAACAGUGUGCUUUGAUAACCUUGGCCUCAUGCUUGCUGCACUUUUGAACAUGCUGUUCAAGAACAAUCAAAGAUUGCUUGCAGGUUUGCCUUUUGUUGUUUAUCCCAUUUUUUCAGCAAUAGACCUUUUUGGAAUAUAUCAAGGGCUUAAGCAUGUCCAUUUGCAAACAUUGACUAAGGAUAGGCUUGAAAUGAUACUAGAUUCAUGGAUUGCAUUAGGACGUGUACCAACACCUGCUGAAGUGAGUAAAAAGGAAGGAUUUGAAUUUUUGCGGACCAAAGGCAAAGAACUGUGGCCCAUCAGAAUAGGUUGCUUAAAUGCCAAGGAUCAGAUAUCAAAAUUGUCAGUGAUAGCAAUGCAGUCUUUAAGCAGCGAGGAUUAUUACUUUAUAUGCGUGGAGAACUCUUACAGAGGAUUGACAAGAACUAAGCAACAAGGUAUUCUUCUAUCUCUGAGAGAGGGCGCUGGCACCGCUGAUGUUAUAAUGGGUUUGUUGCAGGCCUGCUACAUUAGGAAGGCACUGCUUUUUAGUAGGUGGGAAACAAUCAGUGAUCCCGGCAGCACUGUUCACAAGGAAUGCAUUAAAUUAAUAGAGGAUAGCAAGCAAUCAGCAGAAAAGGAUUUAUCCAUGUUAGGUGAUCAAAUGACUGCUCUAGGUUGGGCUGUAAAAAACAUAUUGCUGAGCACAGAGGAGCAGACUAGAUACAGUUUUGUAGAUGACUGAGCUAUUGUACAUCAGAGUUUACUUCUAUAAUUUAUGGGUGGCUCUCCCAUACACCACAGGAGAAUCUUGGAAAUCUUUAUUUUUUUUUCCUCUCUUUUCUUCUUUUCAGAAAGCUGAAAACUUACAUGUAUAAUAUAUCUCAUUGUUUUUGUGUUGUAUCAACAAUCCUGGGCCAAAAAAAGGAAAGAAAAGGUCAAGUUUCUAAUA